AUAGUGAGGCGUCUGCUAACUGGGAUGUCUCGGUGACGAAACUGUGUACAGUGAUGAACUGCGUUAGAUAUUUGAUAUCAUCUUUGUAAAAUAAUCAUCAUCGUUGGUAAUGUUUUGAAACAGUGCGGGUGUGCGUGUCAAAUGUCAAACUAGUGAAAUGUACUUAAUGUUUCCUUUAUGUAUUCUGUGAAUGACACGUAACAAGAAAGAUGUAAAGCGGCCCGCGAUUUUUUCAUGAAGUGAAUACUGAUAAACGUGACUGGUUCUUCUGCGUAACUCGGCAACAAUGAGUAAAAACUUAGAGUCACCGUCGAAACUUACAGAAUUUGCACCUCUCAGCCCAGAAACAGGUCAACCUGGAGUUAGUGUAUUCCUAUCCAAACUAUUUAAAUUCAGUCGAAGUGAAGCAACAUCUGAAGGAACUAGCAGUGUUCAGACUACAGAAUCUCAAUCUACAGAUGAAGUGUCAGCUUCUCAUUCUCCUGAUUGGCAGGAAAAUCCAAACCCGGAGCAAAAUUCACCAUUUACCAUUGAUGUAACAGAUGGAAGAAGCUUACCAAAUGUCCUGAGGAGAAUAAGUAAUCUUCUUGCCCUCAAAAGUACAGGAUUGCAGUCAUAUAAGGAUACUGACCUCAAACAAUACUGGAUGCCUGAUUCAGUCAGUAAGGAAUGUUAUGACUGUGGUGAAAAAUUCACCACUUUUCGUAGAAAACAUCAUUGCCGUGUUUGUGGACAGAUAUUUUGUUCUCGGUGUUGCAAUCAAGAAAUUCCUGGAAAGAUAAUGGGAUGUACUGGUGAUCUUCGAGUGUGCACAUAUUGUUGCAAAGUUGUGCUUUCGUAUCUUCAGUCAGCAGACACAGCAGCUGAUCUAUCAGCUGAUCUGCGACUGGUGCAAGAAGACCUACAGGUGAAGUUCGGGAAUUCUUCUGUUGUACAGACAGCAGUUCAGGGUAGUCUAGGUAGCAGCAGUGUUAUUGCAGCAGAUGCACAAGAUGCCCAAACUGCACGUAGGAAAACAUCUGUUGGCUUUCAAGAAGAUCGCUUUGCCCUUGGAAGGGCUCAGGGCUCAGGCUACCUGAACAUGGAGGAACGAGUACGUGCAUUACAGGAAUCGGCCUCACUUUGCUCUUUGGCAGAAGAACUGCGUGAUCCAGUUUCAGGUCUGGGGCUGCACACACAUCGCUAUAGGCUUCGCAAUUACAGAGGUUGCUUUCUUGGCUCAGAACUUGUUGACUGGCUUCUUGCGAGAGAGAGAGCAGGCACGAGGUCACAAGCAACAGCAAUCGGCCAAGCUUUAAUUGAAGGCAACUUUCUGGAAUGUGUAUCAGAACAAUAUUUUAUUGAUGGCUAUGCUCUAUACCGUCAUCUGAAGCAAGAAGAAAAAUACCAACAACAAAAAAUAAAUGAAGAAGAGAUUGGUGACACAGUGCAUGUUGACAGUCAGGAGCCACUUUGGGUAAAGCAGAUCCCUCAGCAAGACUCAGCUACUACUACCGACUCAGAACCAGAAAUGCAGAUUUCUGAACUAGAAUCUCCACGCCUUCCAUCAUCAAAUUCAUCAUUUUAUCUGGACAUGAAUGUGGAAGAGAAUAUAGUCACAUUAUCACGCCCAAAGGAGAAUGAUGGAGAGCAUAGCAUUAAACAAGAGAAAACUAGCAGAAGUGCUUGCUCACAAGAUGUAUGUGCUGGACUGACAAAGGAGUUCCUGUCUGGCACACUUUGGCUACAACAGGCGUCUCCCCAUGAAGAAUCAAUUCAGCAGCCACAGGCCUCUGGUCAACAGCAAGAAGAUAUGGAGAAGGAAACACUCUCGAGACUUGAGAAUGCUUACAGCCACCUUGAAUCUAGUCUUCUGAGGCAGUUGCUGAAUUCAGAAGGCUUGUCCCAAUCUUGGACUGAUAUUAUACUUCCUCUCAUUUCGCGAAUUGUAGACAUGGUAAAACCUGAUACUAAGAACGAUAUUGACAAUAUGGAUAUAAGACAAUACGUCCAGUUCAAGAAGGUACCUGGAGGGAAUCGACAAGAAAGCUGUAUAGUUAAUGGAAUUGUGUGUACUAAAAAUGUGGCUCAUAGGUCCAUGGCUGCUCGAUUAACAAACCCCAGAAUACUACUUUUGGGAUGCUCAAUAGUCUAUCAACGCAUUGAAGGGCGACUUCUGUCUCUUGAACCUGUCAUGAUGCAGGAGCACGAAUAUCUGCGUAAUGCAGUUGCACGUAUUGUGGCCUUGCAACCAGAUAUUUUGCUUGUAGGGCGUGGAGUGUCUCGUCUGGCACAGGAUUUGUUGCUUGCACAAGGAAUAACCCUAGCACUGAAUGUACGUUCAAGUGUUUUGAAUAGAGUGGCACGCUGCACCAAGGCAGACAUUGUGUCUUCUGUUGACGCACACAUUGGUCGUCCUCAACUUGGAACUUGCCAUUCAUUCUACUUGCGUACAUUCCACAUGGAAUCAGGUGCCAUAAAAACACUUAUGGUUUUUGAAGGAUGUCCUUUACCACACCUUGGAUGUACAGUCUUGCUGCGCGGUGCUUCAGAACAAGAACUUGCCAAACUUAAAAGAGUGACUAGUUUUAUGACUUAUGUACGUUACAACUGGUGUUUGGAAAGAGCCUUCUUGAUGGAUGAAUUUGCUUGUCCACCACCACUACCAAAAGAUACGUUUAUGGAGGAGAACAGUUAUUCUGGAGCUGCACCCAUUAAGUCAGUGCGAGAAGAAAUUUUGAGUUCUACGUGUGCAUACCCUAAAGAAAAUGGGAAACAAAAUAAACAAAAUUCUGUCUCCUCUGCUCAACAACAGUACUAUUCCAAUGAAAACAUGAAAGAAAUUUGUGAGAUGCUCCAUCAAGAAACUGUGCUUACUAAAUGUGUUUGUGAAACUAUAGAAAAUAUUUCUGUAGAAAUGGGAGAACCCUACAAAAAAACAGAGAAUGAAAAUGUGCAGGAUUUUAGUGUUAGAAAAGAGUUACUGGACACAAAAAAUAUCUCCACGUGCACAUGUUCUCAUCCUUCAAAUAAAGAAAAAUCACCUUCAGAUGACAGGAAGAUGAAUGUGGAAUCUAUCAGUGAUUUUAGUGAUCCACUACAUUCAUACCUCAACCUUGAAGAUGAUGUUUUUAGUACUGACAGUCAGAAUGGACCCUCUCUCUCAGUUUCAGAGCUUCCGCUUUGUAACCGGUUUAGGAAAGCUCUAGAUGAUACAAUUCUGUCAGGUUCACCAUAUAUAAAGUUUGCAGUGCCCUACCUUGAGACAGAAGCAGGAAGAAACUGCACUCUUCGUCGAUUUUUUCCUGAAGAAAUAUUUUUCUCAGAGCAGUUUUGUAGCUCAGAUAGAAAUGCAAAUAGAAACUCAUUAUCAGCAAACUGUUCAGUUAACCACGAAUAUAAUCACGCAGUGAAGACAGCCAAGGUAAAGCCACAACAUCCAUUUGUGAAAGCGAAACUGACGAGCCCUGCUGGUAGCCGUGAAGUACAAGCUCUGCUCGCUCAUUUUAGAGCAUGUGGGGGGCGUCUUCCAUUAACAUAUGAUAGACCCGUAUGCCUGCCUCAGCCACUCCUCAACUCCCCAACAUCACAGCAGCAACAGCAGCAGGAACAGGAAGUUAUAGAUGCCCUCCAUCCAGCCAAUCACCAACACAUAUCAGUGUUGUUCUGUAGCUAUGCAUAUGAGUCAAAUAAUGCACCCGCAUUCUGUGUGAAUCCUUGGAUUGUGAACAUGGAGUUUUAUGGUCGCAAUGAUAUUUCACUGGGGAAUUUCCUGGAACGUUACUGCUUCCGACCAUCCUACUUAUGUCCUUCUGACACUUGUGACACUCCAAUGUUGAGUCAUGUACGACGAUUUGUUCAUGAUGCUGGCUGUGUACAUGUGUUGCUAAAGGAACUGGAUCAGCCACUUCCUGCAACAAACAACGAGAUUCUUAUGUGGAGCUGGUGUAAUCUAUGCAACACUACUUCUCCUGUAGUGCCAAUGACACACAAUGCAUGGUCACUGUCAUUUGCGAAAUUCCUGGAACUUAGGUUUCAUGGUGGUGUGUAUACAAGGCGACAUCACAGCUGCCAGCAUUCAUUACAUCAUGAUCAUUAUCUGUACUUUGGACUUGGAAAAAUUGUAGCAUCUUUCAAGUACACUGGUAUCACACUAUGGGAAAUCUGUCUGCCGCCUCCUAUUAUAGAAAUGAGUUACAAUCCCCAACAGCAGAGCAAUGUCAUUGAAGAGAUAAAAAAAUUAGCCCUUAAGGGUUAUGAUGUUUACAGUAGUAUAUUAGAACGUCUUUGCUCACUGGCAGUUGAUGCAGAUGUUAGUGCUUUGAAACAAAUAUUGAUGAAAGAGCAGGCUUUGUAUAAAUCAAGAAUUGAAGAAAUUCAGCUGAAACUGACAUCACCUACUCUUGAGGCAAAGAAGUUGGCAGGAAAAAUGGCUGAACAAGAUGUCCAUCAAUUGAUGUGGCACAUUGAUGAUUGUGUCGUGCAGCUGAAACGACACAUUUGGGAUGUUGUAACAGCCUGGAAUGCGCGUCUUACUGAGCUGCUGGCUGCCACAAGACGUCAACGGAAGAGUGGAGGCAUCAGUUCAAGUAGUCUUUCUCUUGACAUUGAAGAGGCAAUGCCACAGGAUAUUAAUGAUACAGAGACAUGUGAAGGAUCCACCAGUCCUUGCUCAGAAGGCCAAGAAGUUGAAUGUCUCUCGUCUCCAAGUAUGCAAGGGGGCUCUGAUAUUAUUGAUGAAGAUCUGGCUGAAGAUAACUACAAUUUGCCUCCAGAUACAGUUGUUGGAACUGUGGAUGUGUUAGAAGGAUCAUCUCCAAAAGUCCAAAUAAAAAUGCAUUCUGAAUCACUUGAAGACAGUCAUGAUGGAAAAUCAUCACAGAAGAGUGUUAAAACUAUAUUGUCACAACUCUUGCCUUCUGCCACAUCUUCAGCUCCUAUACAGAGUCCACUGAGUCCCCAGGAGCAUCAUCUGCCACCAACAGAUGGAGCUGUACCAAUUGUUGUGUAUGAAACUGAACCUUCUUCUAUUAUUGCAUAUGCAUUAAGUUCGCAGGAUUAUCGACGAUUUCAUGAUGAAAUGAAUAACGAUCAGGUCAUGUCAAGUCCUGUUCACAAGAGGAAAUCUACUGGUGCAGUUAGUGAGCGAGAUACUGUUGCCAGUGGUCAGCAGACAUCUGAAAUACGACGUUCUGGAGUUCUUUCAUUCUUGCGUGGUGCAUCUACUAGUGGCCCCAAUAAAGGUGGUGUUUUGGAUGGUGUUCAGUAUACCACUGUGGCAGUUCCGGGGGACUCGGUGGAACAGCAAGAAGAAGCAUCCCCUAACUCGAAGGCUGCUAAAUCACAGCCUUCACAGCACAUUGAAGUGCAGUUUGAAGAUGCAAGCUGUAACUUCUACUGUAGAGUAUAUUUUGUGGAACAGUUUGCAACUCUUAGGGCUGAAGUACUGCCAGCAGGAGAAGAAGCUUACAUUCGCUCUUUGUCUCGGUGUGUACAGUGGGCAGCUCGUGGUGGAAAAUCAGGCUCAAGCUUUUGUAAAACUAGAGAUGAUCGAUUUAUAUUGAAAGAGAUGUCUCGGCUUGAAAUGCAAGUGUUUCUUGAAUUUGCACCUAACUAUUUUGCAUACAUGUCUCGAUGCCUUAGUUCAGGCCAGCCUACAUUACUUGGAAAAAUUCUUGGAGUGUACCGUGUUGUUUUCCGAAACUCGGUUACAAAUGCAGCCUUGCGUUCAAACUUGCUUGUGAUGGAGAAUCUCUUUCAUGCACGCUUAGUCACACACAAAUUUGAUUUGAAAGGAUCUGUGCGUAAUCGUCUUGUAAAUCCAAGUACAGACCAAGAAGGUGAAAUUGUGUUGCUUGAUGAAAACUUGUUGAAAAUGGCAUGUGAUUCUCCAUUGUACAUACACCUCCAUUCAAAAAAAGUCUUAAUGCAAGCUAUAAAUAAUGACACAGAGUUCCUGUCUUCUCAGUCAGUUAUGGAUUACUCUCUACUAGUUGGACUGGAUCAAGAAAAGAGAGAACUUGUUGUUGGUAUUAUAGAUUACAUCCGUACAUUCACUUGGGACAAGAAGCUGGAGACUAUGGUGAAAUCAUCAGGCAUUUUGGGUGGCCAAGGAAAGCUUCCAACUGUUGUUUCACCUGAACUAUACCGUGCUCGCUUUACAAGUGCAAUGCAUCGUUAUUUCCUAGCUGUGCCAGAUCGGUGGACUGGUCUGGGUAAGGGACUGGAAUGUUAAUGAUGUUGUGGUUGCUAGAACUAACAAUUGAUAACAGGAGUGUGAAAGCUGAUUGCCUACAUUUUGUUCAUAAAGAUGUCCACACAGCUGGUGCGAAUUUUCUGGUUUGCUUUAAUUAUGGUUUUCUAGUCAUGUUUGUUUAAACCAUACAUUGAUGCUUAGUUUAAUUGUUCUGUUUCAACAAUUAUAUGUAAUCAGUCAUCUAUAGAAAAUUGUUUCUACCUUGCACAUUAACUAAGUCAAUAUGAAAUACAGCUAACAGUGAGAGUAUUUGUUUUGUUAAAAAAUCAAAAAUGUUAAUAAGUCAAGUAAAGUAACUAUCUGCAUGAUUUUCAUUAAUUGUUAUGCUUGUAAAUUGUGCAUUCUCUAUAACAGUUAUUUUUCUCGUAAUAAGGAAAAACAUUGUUGCAUGUGAGAGUUAUGAAAUAACAAUGCGUACGUUGCAUGAUUCAUUCCAAAAUGGAAUAAAACACCAUUCAUCAGUAUUAAUAGCAUAAAAACAUAUGACUUUAUGUAAAUAAUGUAUUUUAAAUACUGCAAUAAAUAAGAAAGUUCUUACUUGUU